GCAGGAAAACAAGAGAGAGACAGAGAGGCAGAGAGACAGAGAAAAGGGGUUUCCACCCUGGUGUUUCACCCUUGUGCUUGAAACAUGGAUCACAAAUCACCCAGAUAACAUCGUCAGGGAAACCACACACACCACACGCUUUUUUUUUUCUUACUCAGAAACAUUUCCGAAAACAUCACUUCAGAACUUGAUAGCAGUGUAGUUUUCAGAAGGGCCUGAAUGGGUCAACAGACAUGGAAACUGAUCAAUCAUCACUCUGAAUCUACAUGACAGCGAGCGGAGGAGCUCUCCACCGACAAACAGACGCCGGACAGGGCGGUGAAUUGAAUGACAGCAGGAGCUCUGGAGCAGAUGCCGAGCAGACUCGCCAACAGGAUGAGAAGGAGGAGGAAGCAGUGACUUACACCCUGGAGCAAAGAACGAUUCAUCAAACCCCCACCCCCGCCACGAAAUAAUCACCCAGCAUCAGAAGCCAACAUUCCCACUGGUUUUGAGAUCCCAAGAAAAGGAAGAUUGAUGACUGGAUAAAUGGAGGGAAUUAAGAAAACCCUUCACCUGUUUCUGCUUCUGGCUCUCCCUCUUCUCUCAGCGCAGACGAGCGAUUGUCCCACCCAACCAGUCAAUGGUCUCACCUGCUACAAUGACUACUCGAAGGUCGUCACUUGUUCGUGGAACAGCACGUUUGCAUCUGACCAUGCAGACACUGAGUGCACGAUAGAUGCCAAAAGAGUGGUGCCAGACCAGGACUAUACAUUCAACAGUUCCUGUAAACUUGAGCCUGUUGACGUCUCCACACCAACGCUAAGGAAGUGCUCCAUGGUCUUCAAAUAUAAUAAUAUGUUUCUGAGCUACGACGUGCUGUCCAUAAAACUGAGCUGUGUCCCUGAGGAGAAAAGUCUGUUCUACCGGCCUGCUUGUCACAUAAAGCUGGAUCCUCCACCAAAACUGUUUAUCGACAAUACCACCUUCUCCUGGUCCCCUCAACUCUACAAGAGGAAAUUUUGUAAUUAUCGCUGUGAAGUGCAGUGGAAAGAAGCGGACAAGUCCUGGAGUGAUCCCUCUGUGAAGACAAAACAAAAGUCUUGUAAAUGGUCCUGCCGUGGCAUGCCGUUGUGCAACUGCACAACCGACAUGGAUGAACCUGAGGAGCUGAUCCAAGGCGCGAGUUACGAGGCACGUGUUCGAGUGAAGUCCGAUGAUGAAUUAAAGUAUUUGUCAACCUGGAGUGAGUGGAGCGAAAAAACAACGUGGGACUCAACCUUUGGAAGAGCAAAACCAAUAGCAUCACCCUCAGAUGUUGUUCGGGGUGUUUUCGGCACUCUUGCAAGCCUGGUAGGGUUGGCCUUGUUGCUCGUACUCUUCAAGACUGACAAAACCACCUGGAUUUACAUAGUAAUAAAGUCAAUCAGAGGCCAGAUACCAAAACCGCAGGAUUCCUUCCUGAAGGAUCCGAAUCCCAAGAGCUGGUCUAGCCCGUACUUCACCACUGAAACCAUGAAUACCUUCUUGAAGCCGGUGGACAUCGCCUCCGUCGAGGUGACCUCCGCUGCGGAUGCCGUCGUACAAAUCAGUCCAGAGGCGGCGCUGCAAGAGAAGAUGAGAGUCGAGAGCAGCUACGAGUCGACCAGUUCCAGCUUCUCCAAUCCCAGUUACUCCCAGCUGUCUCCUCCUCUCGUCCCCGUCUCCCUGCUCACCACGGGGAAUCUGAAGCCCUGCGACGCCGAUACACCCUACGGACCGGUUAGUAGUCAAGGUGAGGGUAGGAAAGCAGAAGAGGAUAAGGAUGACGAGAGUGGGGAAGAGAUCCGAAAGUUGCUCUGCGGAGGCAACAGCAACAAUGAGCCCAUGCCGGUAAUUUCUGACUACGAGAAGGUUGAGAAGCCCCAGCUGGAGCGCUUCAGGCUGCAGAGUCUAGAUUCAGGCGUGUGCAGUGGCGAGGAGGUCAGUCAGGAGAGCCUGGAGGUCGAUAGCAUCAAUGUGAGCGAUGAGGAUCCUGAAGGCAAAGAGGAGGAGACGCAGGGACAGGAUAGAAAAGAAGCAGAUUUUCAGAAGCUGUUAGAAGGCAUCGGAGGUGUUUUUGACAAAGGGUCCAUUCAGGUCUGUUCGGGCUACGAGCAAGUCCAGAGGCCGCAGGGUGACAAACCCGAGCUCAACAGCCUGGAUUCAGCCAUCAGCAGCGGGGACGAGGAGCAGGCGAGUCAGGAGGAGAGCCUGGAGGAAGCUGUUCAGACCACUGAGUCCACGAGCCUCCUGUUUUCUCCUCCUCUUCAUUCCAGCACAUUGGCAUGCUCCCUGCCCUCUUUCACUCCGCUGCCCCUGAACUUCUCUGCGGCAGCUUUGAGUCCCGAUCUGGGACCUCUGCCGAUUCACAUACUGGGCAGGAUGGCUCUGAUGUCAGCCAGCAGGCCAGUGGAGCCCUCUGGUGAUGGAUACAUGCCAGUAAGGCAGGAGCAGAACUGAAUACAGACAUCAGGCCGAGCAGCAAAUGCUGUACAAUAAAUGUAUGUAGCACGACAGCUUAUCGGCGUAGAGGCGGUAAACGUUCCCACCAACACCUGACAAUCGUUUCAACAUUUCAGUCUCAUCGCCGAUGACAGUUUGAAUGUUACAAAUGUAUUUUCUUCUUACACUGUCUUCCUAAUGAGUAUUUAUCUUUAUCUAUGUCAAAACAAAGGAAAACCCUGCCAAUGACAACAUUAUGGAACAAGAAAGAGAAAAAGCAAAAGGUACAUCUGCUGUCUUUAUGUUUCAAUUAUGUCCUGGACCAGAAAGAAUAACAAAAAAAAAAAACAAACAAACAUAUAUAUACAUACACAUAAAUACAUAUUCUGGUAAUUGUGUCUUCAGUGAGAAACCUGUAUAGCCAAUGUCUACCUGUGUUUAUCUAUGAGGGGUUUGUCAAUCCAAGAAAAACAAAAGAUGUUCAGAUCUUCACUGUCAAACAUUGCUGAUAAAAGGCUACAUCGAUGUGACUCAGGCAGAUAUUCAGAUAAUCAAGUAUCCACAAGCAAAAUAACAGCUUUGUGUCUGAUUAUUUUAAAGCUUCAUUUGAUCUCAUUUUGUUGCUUUAGUGUGUGUCUGGCGACAUUCAUUGUGUUGCUUAAAGGAGAAAUUCACCUCCAAAGUUCUCUAGUCCAAAACAAGUGUUUUAGCAUGUUCUGAAGUAGCUGGUGACGUGUUUAAAAUGUAAAACAAACAUGAUGUGACUCCAUGGAGCCCUCCUUCCUUCUUCCUCUUCUUCUGAGUGUCUCUUGUCCGUUGAGGCUCAUGGGAAACAUAAACAAUAUGGUGACCCACCCCCUCAAAAAACUCUCUAGCGUCACCAGUGGACAAAAACCCAGAAGGACGACUUUAACGUUAUAUAUACUGUAUGUGGAAUCCAUAUAAACCAUGCUUAUUUAUAUUUGUAUGGCAGCUAUUUCAAGAACUACUGACUAUGGAGAUGAACGGAGAGAUUGGAAAAUGUAUGCUAACUCAUCUUUGACAUCCUGAUUGAUCUCAUAUUUUAUCUUUUUAUGAUUUUUUUUAUUUAUAUUAUUAUUUUAUUAUAACAACCCAGAAGUGCAGAAGUGCAGCACUGUAACGCUUUUCUUUCUCUGUCCACUGUGUGAAGAUUCACAGUGUUUAAUGUCACGGAAACAUGUUUCUCUGCACAAUGAACGUCUUCCUUUGCUGUCCACAGAAAACCACCAAUGUAAAAACUAAUAUAUACAACAGAAAUAUACACAAUAAAGCAGUUUUAAAAGGAAGCAUGUUGAAAAUAAAUUUUUAAAAAAAGCAACAACAAUGAUAAUAAUAAAACAGUAAAAUGUUUCAUUGAAAUGGUGUAAUAACAAAAAGGUACGAUGUUUGUAUGAUGUACAUGAUGACAUUUCAUUUAGAAUAAAUGUGAGUAUGUUUGGGCCACAGGUAAA